UUUGGAGGAACAAAAGACGACUCAAGCGAAAGAACUUAUCGACGCACGUGCCAGCCUGAAAGAUGUUGAGAAAGCCCGCCUGGAUCUGAAGCGGGAAUGCCAUAAUCUGAAGCGAGAUUUGAAGUCUAUCGGCGGAGAGCGUGCAAAACUCUCGCGUACGGUUCUUGAGCUGCAGGACAAACUGGGUGCCUCAGAGGAGCAUGAGAACCGUCAAAGACAAGAUCUCUUUACGUUGAAGCAACGUACGGGAGAGUUAGAAUCUCAAAGAGAGUCACUGAAAAAGGCAUUGGCAAACGCAGAGAAACGUCUGACCGAAACACAGGACCUGUUAGCAACUCGUGAACGCGAACACCAAGCUGCGCUACGACAAGCGGCUGCGGAACACGGUCGAGUAGCCGAGUGCAGGAGCCAACUGGAAACAGCCCUUGAGACGGCCAAUGAGGAGGCUCGGUCCCUGCGCGCGAACAUCAAUGCAGCGGAGAAGAAGAAGAGUGUUCUGGAGGCUCGCUUGGCGUCCUGCGAACUGGAGAAACGUGAUGCGGAUAUGAGGCUCAAUUCUAUACACAGUUCACUGCGACGCAUUAUUGGAUUCCGUCAGGAGGCUAUAAUUACAGGAAGUCGAUCCAGAUCCCCAGGCCACAGAAGUUCCUCGCGUGGCCGCUCAGCCUCACCCACUCGCCUACCUCCUGCCGGUGAAAGCGCAUCCGCAGUUGCAGUCCAGGGUUCACCGUUCCACACUGGCGUAAGCAGCUCGGCUGACCUUGACCCCGAGGCUGUGCGAUUGGGCCUG